AUGCACAGCUUGUUCAAAUGCCUCAGGUCGGAAAGCCUCGGCCGUGAGGGGCUGCGACACGCGGCGCGAUGGGGAUUCCCACGCAGUGCCCGUCACUUCCUCGCUCGUGGUGUCGGUGCUAACGCUGAAAUAGACGACGGACCGUACGGCCCAACGGCAUUUCACGUUGCUGUCGCCUAUAAACAAUUUGAGGUAGUCGACAUCCUCCUUGAGGCUCUUUUGAAGGGACCUGAUGCCGAGGCGGCCUUGCCGGGGUGGCUCUGUCAUGCGAUAUUCAGCCAAGAGAUGGGGCUUGUAGCGAGGAUCUUAGGGACGGGGUAUGUCGAUACGAAUGCUUGUCGGCUGGAUCUCUCAGAACGAUGUCCGGAUUCUUGGGUGGGCAAGUUCCCCCCGGACGGCUACCGACCUCAAUACGUCUUACCCUUAAAUUGCGCCAUUGCGGCCCGGUCGACUCAGGCGGUGCGACUACUUCUCGAAGCCGGGGCGAACGUGCGCGGACACGACAGCAUCAACGAAUCGGGCAAUCAUCGAUUGCAUGAAGAGGGGCAGGCACGCCGUAGCAGCCCUGUUCCAGCCAAAAGAAGGAGGGAGGGCCUUUCAGACCAACUGCCGGCCGACGUGCUGCUCAACCUAGCCGUCGCCAAUCGGACUCCGAGGCAAUUCGAUGACUUGGACAUCGAGAUACUGCGUCUGCUAUGCCCCAGAACGCCACAACCGGGGCAGAAUCAAUUCUUGGCACCAUACUCGCUACGCGACGGACAAACUCCACUUCAUUUCGUCGCUCAGUGCGGUGCUAGAAAUGCUAGAAAGGUCAUCCAGGUACUUGUUUCUCUAGGAUCUAACGUUGAUGCUUUGGACCGUUUUGGACGCACGCCACUGUUAGUCGCCUGCCUCAACGCGGCGUCCAAAAAUGCGUCUGACCUCCCAUCGAUCGUAUCAACCGUCGAAUCUCUCCUCAUUUUAGGCGCGAAUCCAAACAUAGCGGACAACGAAGAAUCCACCCCGCUCCGCGUCGCCUGCAAAGCCAACAGCACCAAUCUCGUCCUCACACUCGUGAAUAGUACUGCGCUAACAGAGAUCACGGACACGCAGUUAGACUCGCUUGUUCCACUCGCUAGGAGAGACUAUACUAUUGCUGCACUACUUACCGGCCCAGGCGUGCAGCCCUCAACGGCACUAAGGCUGGUCAGCCGAUUCAAUCAAUGGCCUGCCCUGGAGAGAGUAAUCGAGAGUUUCGCGUCUCAAGGCCAGGAUCUCUGGGCCCAACCUGACAAUGAGGACUCCCUUCUACAUGCCAUUUUAAAGCAUCCAUCAUCGUGGGAGCGAGAAUGGUUCCCAUGGGCCGACAUCAUCGAGAGAAUACCGAACGUUAAAGCCAAAGACAGUCAGGGUCACACCCUGCUCGAGUAUGCGGCCCAGAACGGGUACACAUCCUGCGUCUCCAAUCUCCUGGAUAAGGGCGCGACGUUCAGCAUUCUGGAAACGUGGUCAUAUUGGUCAUCAUUGCGCCAAUGGAGGGUCUCACGCCAUGGGCGCCGGUCCAGAAAUGGAGCCGGCGCAGGCAAGCAAAGGGGAAUCCGAAAAGACAUUCUAGUUCGGCUCUUUCAGCACGAGCAGCAGGUACUUGGCCAGGAAGCGACUGGGGCCGACUCCCCUACCUUCAAAACUUACCUGACAUCCGGUCUCAAGCCUUUUGAAUUGCUUCCGGAUCAAUUUACCCCUCCGCCCAGGAAGCCGACCCAAAACGUCCCAAUGUCAUCACCGUCCUCUUCAACUGGGAACAACAGGCUUAAAGAAGCAUCACCUAGAGUUUCUCAAGCACCAGGCCGACGGGGACCUAGAAACAGGUGGAAUUCAUGCGGAGGAGAUUGGGACGAGCCGUACGUUUCACGCGUCGUAGCGAGGGCAAGGCCUUCAUCAUCUCGGCUACCGGGAGGUUACUAUGGCGGUGGGCAGUAUGGAGGCACUUCUGGCGGUUGGUCGGGAGGAGGAGGCUAUGCGGGUGAUGGGGGUGGGAGCGGUGGUCCUGGUGGUGACGGUGGUGGUAGUGGCGGUUGUGGCGGUUGUGGCAGUGAUGGUGGGUGUGGUGGAGACGGAGCAGGAGGUGACGGUGGUGGUGGUUGA